CCAAGAAGGACUCGCACGAGGUCAUUGGUGGCCGCGACUCUAAAGACAUCUGACUUGCCGCCGUUCAUACGUGGCGUGAGCCCAAGCACAGGGCACUCUCAAGUUCAACAGCACCUGCAGGAACGAGUAGGACAAGACAUGGCACAGACCAACGGCCACGAUGAGCCUUAUUGGCUGGGACGAGCAACCGAGGAGCAGCAGCGGUUGAUCAAGCAGCACCACAUCUGGACCAAAGCCAUUGGCUACCUUCUCCAUCCCUCCAUCGCCGCGGUCCUGCCAGAGAACGCACGGAUAGCAGAUAUCGGUACUGGCACUGGAAUAUGGAUGACUGAACUCGCGAAAGUCGUCCCGUCCACUUACACAUUCAAUGGCUACGACAUCUCCCCGGACCAAUUCUUGCCAACUGACUCUCUCCCCUCCAAUGUCACACUCGAACUAGGCGACUUCAAGAAGCCAAUCCCAGAAGAGCUGAGGGGCAAGUUCGACCUGGUGAACAUUCGAUUGAUCAUCAUCUCGAUGGGCGUAGGCGUGUGGGAGCCCACCCUACAGAACAUCCUCACGCUCCUCAAGCCCGGCGGUGCUAUUCAGUGGACGGAAGGCAACUUCCUCGAAGCGCGGGGCUUCCGUGGGGCGUCGCCUUCAUCUACGCCAGGACACUUCCUCACCCAGGGACAGAAACAGUUCAACGGUACACUUGUCAAACGCUUCCGAUGGUGUUUUCCACCGGAGUGGCAGAAGAUGUACGCCGAUGCAGGUCUGGAGAGGAUCGAGGAGGACGUGCUGAGCACGGAUCGACUUAUCGAGCAACGGCCUGACUUUACGGAGAUCGGCAUUGGCGCGGUGUUCGGCGCGCUAGCUAAUCUGGCCAAGAUCAAGGAGGAAGGUUACUGGAAUGAGCAAGAGGUCAGUGAGGCGAAGCAGAAGGCGCUCGAGGACAGGACCUCUGGGGCUUAUUUGCGCUGGGACUUGCACGUUACGAUUGGAUUUACGAAGAAGGACGUAUGAACAACGUCGAGCAGCCAGGCCGGAUCUUGGACAAGCGAAGCCGUUGAGCUAUGUGUAUACACAGCACUUUAGUUGAUAGGGAAAAUAUCGAUGGGAGCCUGACAACCUGCAGUAUGUAAUCUCCGACCCUGCAUACGAAACGUGGACUACCGCCUCUCAACCAUGGGUGACUUGCCCCUCGUCUCGCGACCGUUCACCCGCAUUUCCAAACGUCUUCGACGACGUGCAUAUCUGAUUGGCUCGGACCUUUUUUAGAUGCGAAAAUCCUGCUUUCUUGGAUUGAUGUGCCUGCCAAGCGCCACGCGACCCAACGAACUGCAUACCCUGGCGUCUGUCACGAACCAUACUUUGCCUACAUAUGG